UCGGGAGCCGCAGGGCGGGAGGGCUGGUUCUGGUGCUUGGCCGCCAGGCGCCGGCCGCUCGAUUCCUCCUCCCCAGGGCUGGGUCUCCGCGUGCUCUGCCCCGGAGCCUGAGGGCGCGGGAGCGCGGAGCGGGGCUGGGAGCUGUGCCCGCCGCGGAGCUCGGGCCCUGGUCGCUGAGGGCCAGCUCGGGGCCCUCCCUGCGAGCUCACAGGGCGGUGAGCUGCUCGGUCACCUGCUUGUCCUCUGAGGCACAGCCCUUCUGCUGCCCUUCCUUGCUGUCAGGGAUCGAGUUAGUGUGGGUCUGCCAGGUGUUUGCGACGGGCUGAGCGCGCCUUGCCUUUAGUUCGCGGGGAUGGCUGCUUCUUGAGCAACGCGUUAAACUUUCUCUUUCGCUCGAGGAACGCAGGUCUGAAAUCUCUGCCUGGCUUUGCAUCGCCCCGGUGUGACAGCCUGGCGGCUGCUCAGGCUAGCUCAGGAUUGGCUAUGGAGACAUAAGUGACUGCUGCUGCGAGGACCGGCGAGCCCUGGGGAUAUUAUCAACCUUUUUCUGGUACCUCUGACAGGCAUGAGUCCUGUGAGCCUCUUCUGAGCUGUGAAGGUGAAAUGAGAUACAGACAGGAAGCUGAGGAUUGUCAUCAUAGCGUUCCUCUGGAAUAAUGUAUUGCACUGCUGGCAGGAAUUCGUGUCUGUAAACAUCAGUGAACGUUGAAGCUGUUCCAUAACAUCAGUUUGAUACUGGAAGAAACUGUACAAUUAAUCCAACUGUCCCAAUGACAAAGGGAUGUGGCAGAUCAGAAGCAAGUGUAUAAGGGACAUGAAGCCUUUCGAGAAGGCUUUCAAGUGGAAGAGCUAGUAGACUACUUUGAAGUCAACACGUGCUUCUGUGACAAAAAGAACCUGGAGGACCUGUGAUAGGGAGCAAGUGUUUUCAGAUACCUGAAUUAAAUCUCAGCAGUGCUUUUCUGCCAUCUGCUGCAGAGAAGAAGAUUAUCAGACAUGUCUAUAGCACUGAAGCAAGUCUUUAAUAAGGAUAAGACUUUUCGUCCAAAACGCAAGUUUGAACCUGGAACCCAGAGGUUUGAGCUACAUAAAAGAGCACAGGCCACUCUGCACUCAGGUGUGGACUUGAAAGCAGCCGUACAGUUGCCCAGGGGAGAAGACCAAAAUGACUGGGUGGCUGUCCAUGUGGUUGACUUCUUCAACAGAGUCAACCUCAUUUAUGGAACUAUCUGUGAGUUCUGCACAGAGAGGACCUGCCCAGUGAUGUCUGGAGGCCCUAAGUACGAGUACCGGUGGCAGGAUGACAUGAAAUACAAGAAGCCUACAGCACUGCCAGCACCGCAGUACAUGAAUCUCCUCAUGGACUGGAUUGAGAUGCAAAUCAACAAUGAGGAUAUAUUUCCUACAAGUGUAGGUGUUCCCUUUCCAAAGAACUUCCUCCAGAUCUGCAAGAAGAUACUUUGCCGGCUUUUUCGGGUGUUUGUUCACGUCUACAUUCACCAUUUUGACCGUAUCAUCCUCAUUGGGGCCGAGGCCCACGUCAAUACCUGUUACAAGCAUUUUUAUUACUUUGUGACAGAGCUCAACCUGAUAGACCGCAAAGAACUAGAGCCUUUGAAAGAGAUGACAACCAGGUUGUGUCACUGAAGAGCCACUGACUGAAGAAAACUAAAGUCCAAUUUCCUCCUUGCUGCUGAGUUCCAGAACAUGGCAGCCCUUGCAGAAUGAGUCUGCUUUCAAUCCAAGAAAGCAGUAAAGAUGGGAGCUGCAGUUACUUUCGCAAAAGUUUCCCACUACUGUCAGUGUUCCUAACCCUGAGUAUGCUGCUAGGAACCUCAUCUGAGCGACGUGGAUCACUGAGGGAAAGAAGAAUCGACUUCCUAUUAAUCCUAGCUCCUUCAUUAGGGUUAAGAACCUCUUCAGCCACAAGUAAUGACUGACCAUGUUCCUGCUGCUAAAGCUCACUGAAAUUUGGGUCCCUGGGCUGACCUCCAGAUCUGUUGUAUUCAGAUGAAACUAUUACUAGCUACAGUGUUGUUUUCUUUUUCUUCUGUUCCUCAGUAUGUGCUUUGUUUCCUAAGUGAAGUGGAAUAUCAAGUCAGUCUGGAGUGACAGAAGACUUACAGCCCUGAGCAUCUCCCAUCCAUCACCAGGCUGCUCAAGGCUUGGCCACUGUUCCCAAACACCAGAGAGCCUUGUGUUUCCAGGAACACAGCCCCGUCCUUUUGCUGAUCGUAGGAUCGUUUGUGUUGGGAGGGACCCUGAGAGGUCGUGUAGUCCUACUCUCCUGCAAUGAACAGGAACAUCUUUGGGGACAUCAGGUUGCUCAGAGCCCGCUCUAGCCUGACCUUGCUGACCUGAUCAACAGCUUGUGCUUCAAUGCGAUUCCUAAUGGGGUGACAGAGGGCCAGCCUCUGAUCUCAGCUACACGAGCGGAAUCCAGACACAGCUCUGCAAUGCUGAUGUCUUGUCUUCAAAAUCUUACUGUGACUGACAGCAAAUCUGCUCAGUGUUUCUGCAUUGCAUAAGAAUGGAACUAUAUUGUCAGCAUUUUCCUGAAAUACCGUACAAAGUGCACCCGUGUGUCAUGUAACUUGAUGUCCUCUGAUCCCCUUAGAGAAAGGACAGCUCUCAUUCACCCUAAUGUUUAAUCUUUUCAGGGGAAAAGAAAUUUAAUAUUGGUAACUGGGAGAAAGACGCAGUAAAGAUGAAUAGUGUAACAAUCAGGCCAGGAGGGACUGAGCAAAGGACUCUCUUGCAUCUGAACUGUGUUCAGCAGUGUGGCCUUAUUUCUGCACUGGAGUAAUAAAUUUUUACCCCCAGUCCAACUUAACUAACACAUUGGUGAACAGCCUGGAGGGAUGUAAAUGCAGUAAAUCCAGUCGUCAGUGUCAAAUAUAUCCUGAUAAAAGGCUUUCUUUAAAAAAAAAAAAUGAAGCAGAAAACAAUACUUACCAGAUUGCAGGAGAGAUUUAGCUGAAUAAAUGGGGAUCAAAUGGAACACACACCUAUGUAUUCUGUGCCUUCUGAUGAAUUUUGCACAUUUUUGUUAUUGUGAAAGAUUACUCUUUCCUGUUUAAGUGCUGAACCCUAUUGCUACCUUCCUUUCAAGUGAGUUAGGUAUGUUUACUUCUUCUGAGACAUUAUCAGAAGGAAAUGUCAUGGAGUAUCCAGUGAUUGGAACAUUAGAAAUAGAGGUGUAGCAGCACUUAAGGAUAACCACAACCCUUUUCUAAUUCAUGUUGUGGUAUAUUCUGACUUGCUUGCUUGCCUAGAAUAGAGCUUAUAAAUGUUAGUGAUCCUGUUCUUGCUGGGAGAAAUGCCUUUUGUCUGUGAACAUUCAGCAUAGCUAGGUGGAGACUUUUCUGCAUCAUUAGAAUGAUACAAGGAGAAUUAUGCUUUGCUUUCAAGGAAGUAGGCUGAAGCAUCCUUCCUCUUUCAGUGGUCUUUUCAGUUAGGUUAAUUCUUUGUGGGUUGCACAACAUAACAUUUCUGGGGUGCUAGCACUUGGGAGGGAUAUAACUGUCUUGUGGAAUUCAUUGCCAUAGCUACUGCUGACCUUAGCUGCUUCAUUUUAGAGAUGAUGAUAAAUGUUGUGUCUUUGGAAGAGGGCUACAUGGGUAUGUGUGGAAUUACAACCUUGAUUACAUCUGAAAGGGUUUCUUAUACCUUUUUCGAAAGCCUGUAGGUCAUUGUCCUGUUGGAGCUGGAGCUGUAUUUGAUACAGUGUACUUGAACUUCACUGUUGCCAGUUCCCAUCUUCUGUUCCUAUGGCUGGGAAGUGCUGCAGUGCUGUAUUUGAAAGAUUAACAUAAAGGUCAAAGUGCCAUUACAUAAAUUGAAAAACAUAAUACUUUAUGCAUAAAAUAAUCUAUCCUUCAGUUUGUUGUGCUACUUACCAUAUGCUGUUUUGAGUCUAAUUACUGUAUGAUGUCUGGAAAUGCAGCAGAAUUUGUUCCCAUUUGCUUUGAAUUACUUUUGAAUGACCUUAUAAAUGCAUUAAUCUCAGUGUGUUUGCAGAAGUUCUUUGCUGGAGUGUAUUUAUUUUUCUAAAACUGUCUUUCAGUUUCCUAAACUCUUGUGUUUCCUUUUCUAGCACACAUUACAAGGUAAAGGCAGGAAAACGCACUAUGGAACCCUAGAGGACCUGUGUUGGCCAUGGCCAAAAUCCUGAGGAGUCUAAUUGGAAAAGGCAUUCCAACCCAGAAGCUUAACCACCACAGGAUGCACUUGGUUUGGUGGUUUGCUGUGGUGGGAAGGAGGUGGAGUUUUGCUCCAGGUUGUGUUUUCUCUGUAAGCACCGAGCUCUUUCUGUCAGCCUCACUGGUGCUGGGACAGGCACUGGCCCAAGUCCUGCACGUAGGCUGCAGGGCAGAGGUCUUCUGGCACCCUCUUCACUUUACAUCUGUACCAGGCUAAGUGCAGUGUGAUGCCUGGGCAUCACAAGUCUGUUGAGUUGUGUUUGCUGUGGAAAACACCAAAAGCCAAAGUGAAACUUGAUAGAUGAUGAAAUAAAGUUCCUCCAGAUGGCAGGGUUGGGCCCUUGGCCAAGUGUCUCCCAACAAGUACUGCUUUCACUACAGAGUUAUCCUGCCCUGGCCUUGUCAUCUUAUGCCAUGGGCCAUUUCUCCCUUUCCUGUGGUUGGUAUUUGAUAUCCUGUUAUGAAUAAUGUCUGGAACAUGGCAUUGCUACAUGAAUGUGUCAGGUUACUCUUCCGCUGGAGGAGAGAUGGGCAGCAGACUGUUGGAUGCAGAUCUGAGGGAUUCCAGCUUCAUCAGCAAUCUGCUCAGGGGCACAUCCAGAUGAGUCUUGUUUGGGGUGUUGAUCACAGGUCCCAAUUUAUGUGAUUCCUGAGGAUACAUCACAAGAAAUGUGUUUUAAAUGUGACGGUAUGCCAAGGCAUGCAUUUCACCUACUGAGAAAAUCUUUCUACUUGACCUUACCAUUUAUGUGUCUUCCUAAUCAUUCUCCGGCGUGUGUCCUAGGAGCAUUUCAUAUGGUUCUGGAACUAUGUUUUGUUUUGCUUUAUUUCUUUUACUUGCCUUUCAAUGAGAUCUUUUUUUUUUCUUACCUAGAAAAAGUCCUGUGAGUCUGGUAGCUGUCUUAAGAGAUAUUGUUCGUGCUGAGCUUCAAGGCAAUCUAAGUAGGAUCACUUCAGUUGAUAGAGGCCACAGUCAGCUUUACUUCAUUGUGAAGGGCUCCCGUGCCCAAUGAAUUGCCUUUAGUGAUUAAAGACUUAAUAGGUUUCAUUGAUUUGUCUCUGUCAUAAGGGAUUUUGUAACAAACUUCUGCUUUGUGUGAACAUAGGUUAGUGCUGGACUGUAGCGACAAAUCUAACGUGAAAAACAUCUUAGCCUCCCUUAGGUUUAGUGAAAGAUGGAGUUCCAGGGACUAGAAAGGGAGGCUUUUUAGCAGCAGUGAAAUUGAUUAUUUUGUUUUGGAUCUGAGAAAAGGUGGAAACUUGAGUUUUUCCAAGAACUCGAGCUAUAAGCACCAAAACUUGUUACCAUACAAGGUGGUCAAUUCUGCUGACCAGUGCAUUUGUUAAGAAGAGGGCAGAAGGACAGGAGAAAAACAAUUAGCAUAACUCAGUCCUAUUUACAAUCACUGGAGACAUGGAGAAACCUAAGGAGUAGACACCAUCACAGCAAUCAUUCGCGUUCCCAGGGCUGUGUGGAAGGGACACAGGGAGAGUGGUGCCCUUGGUGGCUGAUGAGCAAGUAUCCACAGUACUGUUAGUGGUAGCCUUUCAGGUCUUCAUCAUUCUUAUGAAUUAGGAUUCCAGGUUGUUUCCAGCCAAAGUAUCUGCCUCUCCACCAGAGAGAUCUGAAUCGAGCUCCAGGGACUCCAGUUACGUUCUUUCCAAAAUACAGAACAAGGUCUUCAGCAACUUUAUACUUAGGUUGAACAAAGUCUAUGUCCUGGAGCCAUCCCACAAGAGACUAUGCCUUUCUUUUGUGUUUUGUCUUCCCUACAUGUUCUUUCCUUUCCAGGUACCUGCUGGCACUGCAAAGCAGGAUGCACUAUAUGUAAGAUAAGAAUAUACUUGCUAUUAUAUAACACAUUUAAAUUGUUUGAGGACGGGGAUAACGCUACAGGAUCAAAUAUGACAAGUGGUUGGUGAUCAGAGUUCAUAUAUAUUGAAAGAUUUUAAAGGCAUUUUAAUAAUUAUACAAAAGGUUCUAAGGGCAAAGCAAGUCAAAUCAGUGGUAAGAACCUGGUAGUGAAACACAUUUAGAUCCAAAAGAUCAAAAUCACUUUUUCAUGUAUUUUUUACUAAUGAGAGAAGCAGAGGAUUUCAGGGUUUAAUCAAGUAAGUUGGAGCUCUUAAAAGUAGUUGUUUUUUUUCUGUUUUAAUAAGUUUUCCUUCCUGUUGUAAAGAUAGAUAUAAUAUAGCAAAGAGAUAAUACAGUAUUCUUCCAGGGGAAAAAAAAAUGAAUUGCUUUUUUUGAAUUGUCGUGUGUGUAUGUGUGUAUGCGCACGUGUAUGUUUCGAUGGGGAUGCAGAUGUGCAUUCCCAGUGUGUAAAUAAGUACAGAUACAUGUCCUGAGCUUUCCCAUAGAAUAUGUAUUUUUCUUUUGCUAUGUUAAGGGGAUAUUUCUAACAAAUAAGUGCUUGAUUCCUUUUCCUCCUGUGUGAAUCAGUGUUGUUUGAUACAUAUUUUUUUUUAAUGAUGUCAGAUAUGUCUUAGACUCUUUUUGUUCUGUUUGUCAUUGAAUGAGGUGCAACUGUACGGGAAGAGAGACCAACACUAACUGUUGUAGGCAUUAAAAGAACACCACAAAAGAUUAUUUUUCACAUCAGUCCUUAGUAGGUGAAGCUGUAAAAUCCAAAUAUCGUGAAUAAACGAAAUGUAAUCUUGA